AUGGCUAGUGAUGACGCCAUUGAUGGUGGUGACACCAUGGCUAGGGGUGACGCCAUGGUUGGUGGUGACGACAUUGAUGGUGGUGAUGCCAUUAAUGGGAAUGACGCCAUAUACGGUGAUGCCAUCAUGGCUGUUGGCGACACAAUGGCUGGUGAUGCUGCCAUGGCUGGUGGUGAUGCCAUGGCUAGGGCUGGUGAUGAAUCCAUGUCUGGUGAUGACGUCAUGGCUGGUGUUGACGCCAUUGCUAAUGAUGAUGCCAUGGUUUGUGACCAUGCAAUGGCUAGUGGAGACAAAACCAUGGCUGGUGGUGACGAUGCAAUUGCUGGUGGAGACAAAGUAAUGGCUGAUGGUGACGAUGCCAUGGCUGGUGGUGCCGCAAUAGCUCAUGACAGAUCUGAUCAGGCCAACAAAUACCAGCGCAAUUGA